AUGAUGAUGAUACACAUCACAAAAGUCCCUUACCCAGAAUAUGUCGAACUUUGCGCAAUUUCUAAAGCAAUGCACAAUUCUCGUCUUCGCGACAGAGCAGGAGAGCGAGAACCGAGGCUGUCAGUAAAUUCGAUAGCAUCGAAUGGGCUCAAUAUUUGCAAUGCUUGCUGUCGUUCUUCUGGUACUGCUCGUGAAUUUGUGUCGCGUGAAAUUUGUGUUCGCUGGUUAUUUCUUGAGACUUUGAAUGCAUUCUACCUGGCUGGAUGGUACGGUUUUAACGAUCUGUUUCUUUUGCGUAGUGCAAUAAUUUUUGUCAGUGUUUCGAAGUGCACUUUUUCUAGAAAUUUUUGUCCGCUUAAUGUAGACCUUCUCGUUGGACAGUCUACCAUGUCUCGUGAUUUAACUUGCGAUGAGACGAUGCCAGCUGUUGAUGAAGUUGAAAGAAGAGAUGGUCGACGCUUCUUCCAGCAGUCAGUUAGUGUUCCUAUAGCGCGAAUUGCUCCGGUUGUGCCGAGUGUUGCUUUACAGCAGAAUUCACGUCAGUUUGUCAAGACGUACAUAAGGAGCCAAGCAAGUGCGCCAUUUCCAGCGGGUUGUUCAAACGGUAAUCAAAAAAUGGUACAUGCAUACGGAACAACAUCAGUUUCUUCUCUUCCGCAGUGCGCAACUACUGUUCCUGGUCGUUCUAAAUUAGUUACCAUACGUCCAGUCGGAGCCGCCCAUUCCUUUUUGAAAUCAUAUGAUAUUGCUCAGAUCAGUGGUAGCCCUAUGACGACAGUGUAUCUUCAACAACAACAUAAUUUACAUUUAGCAAAUGCACAGCAACCUGCUCUUUCCUUAUCGCCAUCCCGUGCUCGGGAAUUGGAGGAAUCACGCGUUAUUCGAUCUUCUCCAGCUACUUUUACAAACUGUGGGAACAUUGAUUCACGUCGAUAUUUAACAUCCGGUCGAAAUGUUGUUGGUGUUGGCGAUAUACCGGUCCGAAGCUCUGUUCGAGUUAAUCCAAUUAUAAGCAGUGCGGACUUCAUACGUGGUGCAAAGGUAGUAACACGUAUUUCUGAUGAAAGAACAGAUGUGAAACCUGUCGUGAUACCCGCAUCAACUGUAAACAUAGCGUGUUCCACCUCUGCUUCAUCUGUUGCUGCACUCCAUGACACAUGUAUUUCUGUUCCUGUAGGGCAGCAUGAUGGCACAGCUGGUACCUCAUAUCCGGGGCCGAGCGCUCGACCCACUAUUUUGCGCAAAAAUCGAGAAUCAGGUUCUGUCUCUGCGGUACGUCGCUUAAUUGUUGCAGAAGCUCAUCCACAUACAGGCCCGUAUCAGGAAGUAUUGGGAUCAUCCUUAGCUGCAGUGAAAGACAAUUCGGGUUUAAUGUGUUUCAAACGCACAAGUGCUACAGACGGUCGCAUGUUGAGCGGCGCAUCAUGCAUGUCACCUGAUGCUCGAGGAAUCUUUGCUAGGAAAACUCCUGCUAUACUCAUUGGCAACGUUGUAAAAAACACAAAGAACUUUUCAGAUCAGGUUGCUGUUGCUGGAACUGUGGAAGUAUCACCACGGAAAAGACUGAGAAAGCAAAACUUCGAAUGUACAAAUGCGGAAAAAAUGAAGUUGCUUAUAAAUACUGAACGAGUCGUUGGAGACUCUUUCGUUACUGUGGAAGAUGAACUUACUUGGAAAUCUGCAGAUCUUGAAUGUGAAUCACGAGAAAUGGAAAGUCCAGUGCCUGAAAAAGUGCCCAAACGGCGCAGUCGAGUGCGCAUAGAUAAUAAUGGCUCGGGGACAAUGUCGCUGCAGCAGCGCGUUUCAGCGUCAGUUCCCCAUCAGAUUAGUUCUGAUAGUUACACAAAGGUGAAGAGGAUGAAGAAAGCUCAAAUGGUCUCACGAAAUAAGUUAUCUGCAUCAGGAGUCCCAGCUGUUGUUGAGCUGGACUCUAAUUCACGGCCGCUCAGUAGUUUUGUUGAUGAAAAGCGGACAUCACUACAAUAUGGACAAAUAGAAUGUGCAGAUUCAGAAACAAUAGGAUCCCAGAUUAACGAAAAAUGUAUUGAAGAAGCAGAAGUUCAGAAAAUUGAGGAUACAACUUACUUGAUGUGUUAUAUAUUUGGGUUAGAAAUAGCCGUCCCAGGUAAUUCUUGUCCAAAUAAUCAACGGAUUCAUGACAACUCAUGUGAUAUAUCCGCGACAUUCUGCUUCUUUGGUGAGGACAAGAUAAAUGGGAAUAGUUCAUCAAUUGUUUUAGAUGAAACCUUAUCUCACGUGGCGACAAUAUUAGCAAAAGAACCCAUUGGAUCGACUACACCAAAAAGUGCCAUCACAUCAGAAAGCACAUCGAAUAUUCAAAAUGAUGUUGGAAGAAGUAGAGUCCAAUGUUGUCAGUUUACUGAACAGAAUCGGAAAGUGUUUGCUCAAAUGCUUCUCUGUUCUGGUUUAAAAGACCGUUGGCAACGUUUUGAUCGCAUCACCUGUUGCGAACGUGUAAUAAAACGAAUAUAUGUGAAACGCUGGAUGUUGCAGGAACAUUUUCGCAGUACAAAGCAGUCGGUAACAGCCGAUGUUGAACUAAAUUUAAAUUUGGUUGCUCCAUUGGAGGAUUAUUCACUUGUGGCAGCGAAAAAGCAGGCAGAGAAAUUUCUUGAAAAUUAUUCGAUUUGUUCACCUUCAACCUCCGAUAAUGUUUUUGAGAAAAAUGUUAAUAAUGAGCCUGCAUACAUUUACAAAUAUCUUGAAGAAGCUUUAGAAAUUUAUACACAUAGCGCGAAAAGUGGCUUAGCAGGAACUGGCCAUAUGUCACCUCGGAGAAGUAUACAAACUGGUGUUAGAUUAUCUCGUGGUCUGCAACCUUUCGGUUACGCCAGUCGACGUGAUCCGGAAACCGAAAUGUUACAGGCGGUUGCAGAAGUUCUUGCGGAAAUUAUUGAAACUGCCAUCGAAAAUGAUAAAAGUGAUGGACAAGAAGGGAGAAAUGAACAACAGCAUGUAAGAAGAAAAAGAAGGAAGAAAGAUGACCAUUUGUUCGAAAUCAAAAUUGCAGACCGAUUUGGAACCCUUGAACUACCUCACACUCUACCUCAAGCUUCGAACAGUGUUGUUGCUCUAUAUGAUAAUAUAAGCCAGUACACUCUCAGUAGAAAAAGGAAGUCAGAAGCUCGGGAUGCCGAUGAUGCUUUCUUUAUGAAUAUUGAGAGAGAACUGAAUUGUAAAAGGAAACGAAUUGGAGAAGAUAAAAAUCUUUCUCGGACAUUGCAUUCCUUAAGUCAAGUGCGAGCAGUCCAUCAGAGAUUAUCGGAUAUGCGGAAGGCUGAACGAGACAAUUUAAAUGAAGCAACAAAACAGAUGCUUAAUCUUGUUAGAUACAGUGACCCUGCUUCUUAUAUCGAACUGAUAAAUAGUCACAAAGAAGAUUGUCAACCUCAUGAUAAUGAUAGCGUUCGAGAAGAAAAGUGGCAAAAUCGACUUCUGUCAUUUACUAAGGCAGUUCCUCCCAAAAUUAUUCCAACUUCAAGGAAUUAUGAUGCAAAUAUAGCAAUGAAGCUUCAUCCACCAAUGAAUUAUACACGCAAAUUGUUUCGGGAAAAGUGUAUUCGACCACCUAAGCGUUUUCGGUCAGGAAUGAAGCGAACGCGCAAAAGUCAGUCACGUAGAAGUCGCGGUCGUCAACGCGGAAGUGUUGCACAUUCCAAGAAAAAAUCGCCGACUCCUGAGCCGAAACUAGAGGAUCUUGAGCCACAUUUUACAGCUGCAGAAAUGAGCGCGAUGUUUAAGAAAGAAUUUGGAAUGGAUAUGAGAACAUUUAGGUACGAACGUUGCUCACAACAAGAAUUACAUUCGACUUGUAUUGAUCAAGGACAACCAUUGCAUAGUGGAGAAGGGCAAGGAUUGGAAACAACAAAAAUAUCAGUUCGAAAUCAGUCUUGUACAGAUUGUGUUGUGUUAAAGAAGAAUACACCAGUGGAUAUAAGAAAUGGAAGUGCGAUGGUUAGUGAAGUCACGGCAAUAAUUUCCGGAGAUCCGGAAGUUGUUAUUGAAAACUUGAAGAGCGGAGAAGCACAGCAUGGGAAUGGAAGUGACGAAAGUCAUGUUGGUUCAUCGGUGACAGUGCCUUACAUAGAUCCUAUUCAAAAUGAUGAAAUCAGUUUAUCAGAACAUGUGCAAACACGAGGGCGAUACAUUCGUGAGCAUUUCGCCACGCUGCUACAUGCACUGCGAAUCAGUGAGCUCUUGACAUUGAAAGCGAUCAAGAUGUUCAGGGAUUACACAGCAGAUCUGUUCGACCAAGAAAACAGAGGUGCGAGUUAA